UGCCGGUUACAUAAGACGUCCUGACCGUAGGAGAGGUGGAGCUCGGCCAUGUGCGGCGCACGCAAGAAGAGGUUCCUGCUGCUCUACGGGACGCAGAAGGGGCAAUCCAAAGCCAUCGCCGAGGAAAUUGGCCAGCAGGCAGAUCGCCACGGCUACGUUGCCGACAUUUUCUCCUUACAGGAUUUGGACGAGUUUAAUCUGGAGGAGGAGCGGGAUCCUGUGAUCAUCGUCAUCUCCACCACGGGGACCGGAGAGCCCCCGGAGCCCGCAACCAAAUUUGUGCGGGGGAUUCAGAGCAAAGCGCUCCCGGCGGACCACUUGGCGCACCUGCGAUACGGAUUAUUGGCCCUCGGCGACACUGAAUUUACCUUCUUCUGCAACGGCGGAAAGAUUGUGGACCGCAGGUUCCAGGAACUGGGCGCCAAACGUUUCUAUGACACGGGCUACGCGGACGAUUCUAUAGGCCUGGAGCUGGUGGUGGACCCGUGGAUCGAAGGACUUUGGGCCGCACUGAAGAGAGAAUUCAUGAACAGGACGGACGAUCCGGAGAAGGACAUCAGGACGACGGCCGGCGAUCAGAAAGUGCAAAAUGUCCCAGGAAAUCUGGACCAGCAGGUGAAAGCCAUCAACCUGAACGUCUCGCCGACUCCGAGCAUUGCCUUGCCGAAGGUCGACGCGCCUACAGAGGGUGCGCCAUCGCUGGCCCGCUCCGUGCCGCCUCUCUGCCAGUCCAGCCUCACCGUGCCCAGUCUGCCCUUCCCGUACAUGGAUGUCCAAAUCCCAGACUGUGACGGAGAGGUGACCGACCCCGCCUCUCUUUAUCCCGGAGAAACCGUUGUCGGGGUUCCGAUCGCCCAGGCGACGCGUCUGACCACCGAGGAGGCUGAGAAGACGGCUCUGAUGCUGGAGCUGGACGUGGCGCGUACGGAUGUGAACCUCCAGCCAGGAGACUCCUUCUAUGUUAUCUGCCCGAAUCCCCCCGAGGAGGUCGGCGAGCUCCUGAAUAAGCUGGGACUGGCUGAGAAGAGGAGGUGUCGGGUCUGCAUGGCUGUUAAAACCGGAACAAAGAAAAGAGGAGCCGCGGUGCCAGAUUAUAUUCCACAAAAAUGUUCUGUGGAGUUCAUGUUGACGUGGAGCCUCGAAAUCAGAGCGACCCCCAAAAAGGCCUUCAUCCGAGCUUUGGUGGAGCACACCACUGAUGCCGGGGAGCGGCGAAGGCUCCAGGAGCUGUGCAGCAAGCAAGGCGGGUCGGACUAUAACCGCUUUGUCCGCGACCUCUCGGCCAGCCUCCUUGACCUCCUCCAUGCCUUUCCAAGCUGCAGGCCUCCGAUGGCGUUACUGAUAGAACAUCUCCCUAAAUUACAGGCCCGGCCGUACUCCGCUGCCAGCUCCAACUUAUUUUGUCCCGGAAAGCUGCGUUUUGUGUUCAAUGUUGUGGAGUUUGCCCCGUGUGAGCAAAGCCCGGCGCCCAGAAGAGGAGUGUGCACUGGCUGGCUCGCCAAACUCGUGAGUGGAUCUGUGGGAAAGUCGAUAUCUACGGUGCAACGUUUCAAUGAGGACAAGGCCGCACCUCAGAUCUCCAUUUUUAGCCGACCGUCCUCCUCCUUCCAUUUGCCAUCCGAUACAUCCGUCCCUAUUGUGAUGGUGGGGCCAGGAACUGGAGUUGCACCAUUUAUUGGAUUUUUACAGCACAGGCAAAAGCUUCGGCAGCAGGACCUGGACGGGCAGUUUGGAGAAUCCUGGCUGUUCUUCGGGUGUCGCAGCCACAAGAAAGAUUAUCUGUUCCGGGAAGAACUAAGCAGUUUUGUUGAAAAUGGCACUUUAACGCAUCUAAAGGUCAGCUUCUCGAGAGAGCCGCCCGGCGACACCGAGGAGAGUCACCCGAAAUACGUUCAGGAUUAUCUGAAGAUUUAUUCCAAAGACAUUGUUAGAUUACUGACCGAACUGAACGGAAUCCUUUAUGUGUGCGGUUUCUGAUGCACAUUCUGUAUUUUCAUGAAUGCAAAAAACAUGGCCAAAGAUGUGAACGAUGCAUUGACUGACAUUAUGAGUGCGGAGCUUUGCCUGGACAAACUAGACGCAAUGAAGGCCCUCGCCUCGCUCAGAGAUCAGAAGCGCUAUGUACAGGAUGUUUGGAGCUGAGGAUCCACAUACUUCCCUUUCGCUGU